GUUCAGCCUCCGAGCGGAUAACACUGCGUUGUUGUAGUUCUUGGAGUCCCAGCGAUACGAUAUACACACCACCCACUAAAACACAUACCCACUAAAUAAAAUACCAGAGGAGCAGCCAUACCAAAAUCAACACUAAAUACCAGACACCAGAUAAAAGACAACAUCAAGCUGAAAGCGAAUUGAAAAUUCGGAAAAAAGAAUCAAAACCAAAUUUGAAAUUAAAACAAAGCAAAAAGUUUUUGGAAAGCGGAAAAGGAGAAAAUCCAGAGUAAACAACAACAGAAACCAAGUAAAAGGCCUUCGGAGCGAUAAAAGGGUCUAUAUCUUUUCUAGAGCUUGGAAAAUCAAUCGGCAGGAAGAUGGAAUGACCAUAAUUCGCUUAGUUUGCCCCCCGGAAAAUGCUGGCUCAGCCAGCGGCAGCAGCGGCAACAACAAAUCAAUCAGCAACAUUAGCAGCAACAUCUGCAACAUCGGCGGCAGCAGCAGCAGUAGAAGCUAGGAAUGGCCAGCGACGUCGCGUGGCAGCAGCAACAGACGGUUGCAACAGCAACAUUGGCAACAGCAACAUCAGCAACAGCAACAGCAACACCAACAGAUUAAGUCAAAUGCAUUCCAACGAAGAGCCGCCCAUGACGGUGAUCGUCGAUGGGGGCGGUGGCGGUGGUGGUGGCAGCAACGUUUCCGUUUCCGGUGCGAGUGGCCAUCGGCGGGGCAGCCAGAGGUUGCGAAAAACCAGUUCCUCCAGUGCCAAUGUCAAGUCAUCGGCGAAUCCUGCGGAAAGGACGGGCAGCAGUCAAAGGUCGUCGCAUCGCCAGACAUCGAAUGCCUCGGAUGGUGGCAGCAGGCGUCGCUAUCAAGGAAAGGAUCGCCACGAUCGCCACGAACGCCAAGAUCGCCAGGAUCGCCAGGAUCGCCAGGAUCGUCAAGAUCGCCAAGAUCGUGAAGAUCGCCAGGAUCGGCAGGAUCGCCAGGACCGGCAGGAUCGUCAGGAUCGUCAGGAUCGUCAUCACCGACGUGAGCGGCAGGAUCAGCCACGCCGGCGGACAGGACGCCGACACAGUGGAGCCUCCUCGCUGAGCGACGCGGUGGCAGCAGGAGGAGAAUCAAGAGCUGGAAGAUCGAGGAGAGGCGAUGGGGGUGGGGCGGUCAGCUCCUCGACCGCCUCCAGUUGCAAUGGCAGCUGCUCCUCCGACGAUGGCGACUCCUCGCACACCUCAUCCUCCAGCUCGUCCAGCUCGUCCGGCGAACCCAAUCUGCCCUAUCCCGGCUUCCCCGAGAUCUCCAUGAAGGCACUGACGCAGUACACCCGGCCACGCAACUGGUGCCUGAUGCUCAUCACCAAUCCAUGGUUCGAGCGCGUCUCCAUCCUGGUCAUCCUGCUCAACUGCAUCACCCUCGGAAUGUACCAGCCCUGCGUGGACGACGCCUGUGUCACGAACCGCUGCAAGAUCCUUCAGAUCUUCGACGACAUCAUCUUCGCGUUCUUUGCCCUGGAAAUGACCAUCAAGAUGGUGGCCAUGGGGAUGUGUGGCAAGAACACCUAUCUGGCGGACUCUUGGAAUCGCCUGGACUUCUUUAUCGUCCUGGCGGGUCUCCUGGAGUAUGUGAUGCAUGUGGAGAACCUCAAUCUGACUGCCAUCCGAACGAUUCGUGUGCUACGUCCCCUGCGGGCCAUCAAUCGAAUACCCAGCAUGCGAAUUCUGGUGAUGCUCCUGCUGGACACUCUGCCCAUGCUGGGCAAUGUCCUGCUGCUCUGCUUCUUUGUGUUCUUCAUCUUCGGGAUCAUUGGUGUGCAGCUCUGGGAGGGAAUUCUACGGCAGCGAUGUAGUUUGAUGCAAGCCGACGGCAUGGUCUAUCCCCUCACGAUUCCUGAAGUGUACAGAGUUCGAGUCCGUGUUAACUCCCUGUCGCAGUACUACGAGUUCUCCAAGGAUCAGGACUAUAUCUGCUCCACGCCCAACGAUUCGGGGAUGCAUCUCUGUGGGAACUUCCCGCCCUAUCGCAUAGGUUCGCUGGUCUGCAAUGAGGAGGCCAAGCUGUUCGACUUCAAUGAGCCGACGAACACGUCCUGCGUCAAUUGGAACCAGUACUAUACCACCUGUAAGCAGAGCGGCGAGAAUCCCUUUCAGGGCACGAUUUCGUUCGACAACAUCGGCAUGGCCUGGGUGGCCAUAUUCCUGGUCAUCUCGCUGGAGGGCUGGACGGACAUAAUGUAUUACGUGCAGGAUGCGCACAGCUUUUGGGAUUGGAUAUACUUUGUGCUGCUGAUUGUGAUUGGCUCGUUCUUCAUGAUCAACCUGUGCCUGGUCGUCAUCGCAACCCAGUUCUCGGAGACCAAGAAGCGCGAAAUGGAGCGGAUGCGACAGGAGAGGGCCAGGUACACCUCCACCUCGACCUUGGCCAGCAGCACAAACAACUCGGAGCCAGCCACCUGCUAUGCGGAGAUCGUCAAAUAUAUCGCUCAUCUGUGGCGACGCUUCAAGAGACGAAUGUUAAAGAAGUACAGAUUAUAUAAGUACCAGCGACAGCAGCGCAAGGAGGGCCUACUCCCCAAUGCCGACAAUUUGACCUUCUCGCCGUCGCGGAUCAAGUGCCAUCAUCCCAAGUGCCCCAAGUACAGUAAUCGCAAGCCGUCCAGCAUUCAGGAUCAGAUGAUUACCGUCAUGGUGCCGCUAAAUUCAGCAGCCAGCAAUAACAAUAACAACAACAACAGCACCAGUAGCAACCACAAUGGCAGUGGAAACCACAGUGGUGGUGGGGGCAACAAUGCGGCUAGUUGCACCACAGUGGCCCUGGUCAAUGGGAUAAAUGGUAGCGCCAGUGUGACCAUGUCCUCGGCCCACCACCAGCAACAUCAAAUGCUGCAACAGCAACAGCAGCAGCCGCAACAGCAACAGCAGCAGCAGCAACAGCAGCAACACUCCUCCUCCGACAACACAGAGCAAUCGCGCCCAGAUGGAAUACCCCGAAGUUCUUCGCUAAAAAAGUCCACAGCCCAUCAUCAACUGAAGCCCGAGGGCAGUGUCGCCGAGCAGAAGACCAUUUUGCUCAAGUUCCCACAGCAAAUGAUCGAUUCCGAUCAAUUAAUUCUGCAGUUGGGAAAUUUAGGCAAGAGCCAUCCGUGCACCUCGGGCUUCCUCAGUCCGCCCACCUCGGCCAGCCGACGACCUUCGGUGAUGUUCAACGAGUACGUGCUGCUGCACACGCCCCCCGCCCUCAACGCAGAUCCGGCGGCGCCGGGCACGACCUCGACGGUCGCCACCACAGUGGCCACUGUUGCAGGAACGGCAGCAGCGGCCGCGGCAGCAGCAGCUGCAGCAGCGGCGGCCAGUGCCGGCGGUAGCAACAACAGCUCCGGCCUGAACAACCAUCAGAACGGUAGCAGCGGUGUCGCUAGCGGAGCAACCGCCGGCGGAACGAAUGAGAAAAGCAACAUCUUUUCCACGGAGAAGAUGACCCAAGCUGGUGAUGGCAGCAUAUGGCAGGUGAAUCUACCGCAGACCAUCGGCACCAUUGCCAAUCCGUAUGCCGAUUGCUCUGAACUGGGUAUACACGAUGCGAUGACAUGUCAAGAGCUCUUAGCAUUCUCUGUGGCCUUUUCAGCGGCCUUGCCGACGGGCCAGAGUACGCUAGAGUCUUUCUACACAUCGCUGGCCCGCUGCGAUCCUCACACCGCUGAGGCGUUGAAGGCGCACCACAAGGCGCGCUCUUUGACGCCGUCUGGCCAAAAUCAAACGCCACCCGGCGCCGAAGGAGCUGCUGUGGUGGUUGCCUCAACGGCCGGUGAUCCCGGACAGACGCUCGAGCCCUCGACUGUGUCGGCUGUUGUGGGACCCAUACCAGACACUCAUGCGGCUCACCACCGCCGCAAGGAGCACUCGCACCAUCAUCAGUCCCACCACCAGCAGUCCCACCACCAAGAUUCCCACCAACAGCCAUCACACUACCAACAGGCUCACCACCAUCACAAUAACAACAACACCACCAGCCACAGCCGAAACUAUCGCUCGCGGCAGGGUCAAGGCAACUCGCGAAUGCGGGAACCACGCACUCCCACUGGCAACUAUAUGGAGGACUAUGCCUGCUGCUAUGAUCUCUACCAGAAUGCCCUGUCGCCACUGGACGAGCGGCCCAGGCAGAGAUCGCCGACGACUCGCUGUCUGAUUGCCGGCUAUCGCUGUAUGUCACGCGCCUGCAGCUGGGUUCGCCGCUAUAUAAGGCGAUUGGUGGAGCACAAGUACUUCCAGCAGGGCAUCCUGCUGGCCAUCCUGAUAAACACCCUGUCCAUGGGCAUCGAGUACCACAACCAGCCGCCGGAACUGACCGCCAUUGUAGAGACGAGCAACGUGGUCUUCUCCGGCAUUUUUGCCGUUGAGAUGCUGCUAAAGGUAGUUGCCGAGGGGCCAUUCCGCUAUAUUGCCAAUGGGUUCAAUGUCUUCGAUGGCAUCAUCGUUAUUCUCAGUGCCAUUGAGAUCUGUCAGACGUUCAUGGGCAACGGAACGGGGGGUGGUGGCUCCGGUCUGUCCGUGCUGCGGACUUUCCGGCUGCUCCGAAUCCUCAAGCUGGUUCGCUUUAUGCCCAACCUGCGACGUCAGCUGUUCGUGAUGUUACGCACAAUGGACAACGUGGCCGUGUUCUUCUCCCUGCUCGUCUUAUUCAUCUUCAUCUUCAGCAUACUCGGCAUGUAUCUGUUUGGCGGUAAGUUUUGUAAAUUUUUGGACGAAUCCGGACUCGAACGCGAGUGCACGUGUCCCGAAAUAAUCAGCCGGCAUCCGCAAUGCGAGUGCGAUCGCAAACACUUCAACAACAUUUUGUGGGCCACAGUCACAGUUUUCCAAAUACUGACGCAAGAGGAUUGGAACGUCGUCCUGUUCAACGGAAUGGAAAAGACAAGUCAUUGGGCCGCAUUGUACUUUGUGGCACUAAUGACGUUCGGCAAUUAUGUGCUAUUUAAUUUAUUGGUGGCCAUUUUGGUUGAGGGAUUCAGUUCAGAGCGAAAUGAACGUCGCGAGCGCGAACAGCGCGAGUUGGUUAAGAAACUGCGCGAGGAGACGCUGGCCGAGAACUACAGCGAUGGUAUGUACGAUGAGUCGCGGAGCGAGGCGGACUCCUCGACCACCAACGAUAGUUACUACGAGGUGCGCAACCGCUGGCGAUCGGCGGAGGAUGUGCGCAAGCUGCAGGACUCCGCGGAGCACAUCGCCGAGGCCAAGAGCAACAUGCACCGCCAGCGCCUGCUGCAGCCCACCCACGACUACCAGAUCAACGAGCUGCCCGCCUCCUCUACUGCUCCAUCCGGCUCCGGCACCUCUGGCGCCUCCGCAUCGGGUGAGCGGGACAGGGAACGGGACAGGGAUAGGGUGCGGGACAGAGAGGCGGGCGGCAUGGGCAGCAUGGGCGGCAAGGAGGAGGGGGCGCAGCAUGCCAAGCCGCGCGGCGGCCUCAAAAAGACAUACUCCAUCAAGGAGCGGCGCAACGAGGCGCCACGCCUCUCCAAGAUCCGGCUCGUCCGGGAUCCGCCCAUCAUCACGACAACGGCGGCCACGCCGCAGGACUCGCCCAGCACCACCUUGGAGCCGGGCAUGAGCUUCCGCCAGUGGGGCGACAUGGAGCCACCCACUCCGCCCUCCCCCUCGCUUUUGAGACCGCCGAACAUCUUUACCGGCGGACAGCGGACUCUGGACGAGGGCAUACCCUCCAUCGAUCUCAUCCCGCCCUCGCCCGUGCUCUCCCACAAGCCCCUGAACAUCCUCAAUGCCAGCCAGCUGGGCGUGGGUGUGGGCGUGGCCGGUGGAGUGGGCGGGGGAGUUAGUAGCACUGCUGGCAGUUCGAGCAGCAUGCACAGCGUGAUCAUUGACGACAUCUCGAAGAGCUCCAGCUCGACGGCAGCGGCCACGCCCAUUUAUGUGCCCACCAUCUCGUCCUCGGCGGAGGCGCAGAGCCAGAGCCACAGUCUCAACGAUGUGAGCGUGGGUUCCAGUCCGCCAGCCGGUGAUAUGGCAGUGCCCGGAUUGGGUAGGAAUGCCAACACUGGGGCCUCGACAAGUGGCAGUUCGUCCAGUGAACGCCUGCCUUUGGCACCGCCGCCCCAGCAGGGGAGUUUUAAGCAGCGUUUAAGGCGUGGCAGCUCCAAGAAGCGACGAUCCUCCGCCCUGGCCCUGGCCACCGAGGACAAUCCGGCUCGAAGGACCCAGGAGGAGGAGGAGGAGCAGCACCAGCAGCAGCAGCUGAAUAACGGUGGCGACAACAGUUUUUUUGCGAGAAGCGGCAAUACCGCGGUCGGCGGUUCCUCCUCGGGAGCCAAAGAAACGAAUCGCUUGAGCCCACAGAACUCUAUAAGAAGGCUAUCAAAUACACUGAGCAUAGGCAGUGGACCCGUGGGCAGUCGUCGGGCCUCGGCCUGCAUUUUCAACUCGCAGGUAUACCAGAACCUUAAUCAGCCGCCCAAACUGCGACCCGGAUCCGGUCAACGCCGGAUGAGCUCCAUCGAGCUGGCCUUCAGCAAGACCUCGCAUCUGAAUCUGCACAACUUGGAGGCGAACCGCAAGUCGCUCUCGUACACGAACUCAAAGAUGGACCUGGACAAGUGGAACAAGUCGUACGGCAAUCUCAAUGAGCCGGACAACAUGCUGCAGCAGUACAUGGAGGCGCGGGACAAGCGCAAGAACUCCAUCAGCCACUAUAACCUAAAGAAGCGGCUCGAGGAGAAGGAGCUGCAGCAGCUGCAGCAGCUCCAUCAGCAGCAGCUGCUCCAGCAACGGCAGGACUCCUUCUCCUCGACCACCCAGCAGCAGCAUCAGCAGAUGCACCGCUUGUCCAAGGACCAGCAGCAGCUGGCGAUGCAGCCACAUUCCAUGGUGCCAGGCGGCGGCGAGCGCUACUCAAAGCUCAAGAUGCUCAUCGAGCAGCUAACGCCCAAGCACUUUACCACCGAGCGCGAGGACUACUCGCUCUACAUAUUCCCAGAGGACAACAGGUUCCGGCAAAUCUGUACGUGGUUUGUCAACCAAAAGUGGUUCGACAACGUGGUCCUGCUGUUCAUCGCGCUCAACUGCAUCACCCUGGCCAUGGAAAGACCAAACAUCCCUCCAAGCAGCACCGAAAGAUUGUUCCUGGCAACAGCCAAUUACGUGUUCACCGUCGUCUUCACCGUCGAAAUGUUUAUCAAGGUUGUGGCCACGGGAAUGUUUUACGGCCACGACGCCUACUUCACGUCCGGCUGGAAUAUCAUGGACGGAUCUUUGGUUACCAUUUCCAUAAUUGAUUUGUUAAUGUCCCUGAUUAGCGAAUCGAGUCCGAGGAUAUUUGGGAUUUUAAGGGUGUUUCGACUACUCCGAUCCUUGCGGCCGCUGCGGGUGAUCAACCGAGCCCCGGGUCUGAAACUAGUCGUGCAAACGCUCUUAUCGUCCCUGCGUCCCAUCGGCAACAUCGUCCUGAUCUGCUGCACCUUCUUCAUCAUCUUCGGCAUCCUGGGCGUCCAGCUGUUCAAGGGCACCUUUUACUACUGCGAGGGCGAGAAUAUCAAGGGCGUCCGCAAUGCGGACGAGUGCCGCCGCAUACCGGGCAACGUGUGGACCAACCGGAAGUACAACUUCGAUGACCUGGGCAAGGCCCUGAUGUCCCUGUUCGUCCUGAGCUCCCGCGACGGCUGGGUGAACAUCAUGUACACCGGUCUCGAUGCCGUCGGCGUUGACCAACAACCGAUCGUGAACUACAAUGAGUGGCGACUGCUGUACUUCAUCGCCUUCAUCCUCCUGGUGGGCUUCUUUGUGCUCAACAUGUUCGUGGGCGUUGUGGUGGAGAACUUCCAUCGCUGUCGCGAGGAGCAGGAGAAGGAGGAGAAGAUUCGCCGGGCGGCGAAGAGGGCUCUCCAGAUGGAGAAGAAACGGCGACGGAUGCACGAGCCGCCCUACUACACCAACUACUCGCCCACACGGAUGUUCGUUCACAACGUGGUGACCUCGAAGUACUUUGACCUGGCCAUUGCCGCAGUGAUUGGCCUGAAUGUGGUCACCAUGGCCAUGGAGUACUACAUGAUGCCCAGUGGCCUCAAGUAUGCCCUGAAGAUCUUUAACUACUUCUUCACGGCCGUGUUCAUACUGGAGGCGAACAUGAAACUUGUGGCCCUGGGCUGGAAGCUGUAUCUCAAGGAUCGCUGGAAUCAGCUGGACGUGGGCAUUGUCCUGCUGUCCAUAGUGGGCAUUGUCCUGGAGGAGCUGGAAACGAAGAUCAUACCCAUCAAUCCGACCAUCAUACGGGUGAUGAGAGUCCUGCGGAUCGCACGGGUGCUGAAACUACUCAAAAUGGCCAAGGGCAUCCGGGCUCUGCUCGACACCGUGAUGCAGGCCCUGCCCCAAGUGGGCAACCUGGGACUCCUGUUCUUCCUGCUCUUCUUCAUCUUUGCGGCACUGGGCGUGGAGCUAUUCGGGCGACUCGAGUGCUCCGACGAGAUACCCUGCCAGGGAUUGGGCGAGCACGCGCACUUCGCCAACUUUGGCAUGGCUUUCCUCACAUUGUUUCGCGUAGCGACUGGCGAUAAUUGGAACGGCAUCAUGAAGGACACGCUGAGGGAUAAUUGCGAUGACGCGGCCGAUUGUGUACGCAAUUGCUGCGUCAGCUCGGUUAUUGCUCCCAUAUUCUUUGUGAUAUUCGUGCUAAUGGCGCAAUUCGUGUUAGUGAACGUCGUCGUGGCUGUACUGAUGAAACACCUCGAGGAGAGCCACAAGCAAAUGGAAGACGAGCUCGACAUGGAGGUGGAGCUCGAGCGCGAGCUGGUGCGCGAGCAGGAGUUCGCCCAGGAGCAAAAGUUGUGCCAGCAGCUGGCGGAGGCGCAAUCGAAGGCGGCCGCUCCCCCGCGCCCCCUGGCCAAGGUGAAAUCGCUGCCGAAGAACUUUAUCUACAGUACGCCCUCGCUGGACAAGAAGUUCCCAUUGCCGCUGGGCACGGCCAAUCCCAGCUCGAGUCUGACCAGCUCGGCGGCCACCAAUCUAAAUCAGGUGGCAAGUGGUGGCCCUGGAACGGCCACAAGCAGUGGGGGUGCGGGCUCCGGAGCGGCAUCCGCUGCGGCAUCUGGGGCUGGACCACGGAGACAGACCGUCCAGUACUUCCAGCAGCCACCACAAUCCAUGCUCGGCUUGAGUCUCGCCGAGAUGGGCGGCACGCUGACGCCUCAGGCGCUCGGCGCCCGGCUGGGCGAGCCCUUCGGCGGCCCAUCGACGGCAGCGGGAGGCGGUGGAACGGGCGAUGCGCUGGCUGUGGGCGUGGCCGGCCUCCCGCUGCCGCCGCUGGACAAUCGCCGUCGCGGGCGUCGCGCCUCCGCGGCCGCCGGCUUCCGCAAGCGCGGCGUGCUGUCCAAGGAGCGCUCGCUGGACGAGCAGGCCAUCCGGAAGAAGAAUCUGGAGGCCAAGCGCACAAGCUGCGACUCGCUGCCCUGGGGCGGCCAAACGUACUGGCAGGCCAUCCGACGACGGAAUCUGGAGGCCAAGCGCACCAGCUGCGACUCGCUGCCCUGGGGCGGAGAUGCCCUCGACUGCCAGAGCGGCACGAUCUUCGAGAGCCUCGAGUCGGAUGGGGGAGGAGUGGGGGGUGGUGGUGGGUCCUACGACAUACGGAGCGUGCGCAGUGCCGAUGUGGGUCACUUGGAGGCGGAGGGAGAUGUAUCCUCCGCCCUGUCGGUGGUCAGUGCCCUGGUGCCGCCCGUGGCGACGCCACUGCCCCCGCCCCUGUCCUUGCCCAUAGCAACGCCCACGCCCUUGCCCAUGCCAUCACAUCCUGCUCCACGCAGACCCUUCGGAUGGUCACAGUCCGUGGACCAGGGCUGCCUGAGGAGCAGCCUCCUUCUCUCCGUUCCCAGAUCCAUGCCGCCGCGCAGUCGCAGUGGCAGCACCAAGCAGCUCUUCAAACAGCAGGCCUUGGACGAGGAUGCCGACAUGGAUGAGAGCUCGCUGCUGCUGCCCACAACUGCUGGGGGAUCUGGUUCAGGUUCAGGAUCGGGAUCGGGAUCAGGAUCAGGAUCAGGACCAGGUCUGGUGGCAGUCAUAGCCUCGAGUUCGCUGGACAUCCCAGAACAGAGUGGCAGCUCGAAAACCCUGCCGGAUAUCGCAGCGGGGGUCAGUAAAUCCGACUCCUCGGACAUUCUGCGGAUCAUCAGCGAGCGCAGGCGCAUGGAUCAGCGGGAGCAAAGGGAUCCCGAACAGGAUCAGGACAACGAGGCGGAGGACAGGGACAGCGACUACAAGGAGCUACUCCUGGUCAAGUCCCCGCAGUCCUCCAUGGACUAAAUGCAAACAACACACACACACACCCUCUCUAGAUCUUAAAAAGUAGUUAUCUCUAACUAGGGCCAGGUUUACACUAAUCAUAAUGUUAACUGUAGAGCUGAUUAACAAGAAUAGUAGCUAGGAUAACAGUUAAGAUAGUCCUUACCUGGCUGACAGAAAAUAUCCUCUAGCAUGGAAAGUCUCAGUUUGUCUAUCCGAAAGCUGUAAACUUGGAAGGAGCUUACUUUCAACCUCUAAAGGUCUAUAUAUUCUCUAUACCGUGAACUUGGCCGUCAUUAAAGAAUACUUUAGGGAAUUUUCUAAAAACUAUAACUUUAACAUUAGGCUUUAGGCAAAAAGAUCGAAGAGUGUGGUGAGAAAACACAAAUAUUGAUUAAUCGAUAGCCAUUAUAAACGAUAAAUGGUAAGUGGUAAACUCUUAGCCACAAAAACGAAAAUAAAAACCAGUAAAAUAAAAUUAAAAGCAAAGUUAAGUAAAGCAAGGAAAUGAAAAGAAAAGCUAAUAAGCUAAUAAGCUAAAUUGUCAACUGUUUUUAGUGCAAUCCUACGGUUUUCAUAACUUUAACAAGCAGAACUUAUAAGAAAAACUAAAAACUAAAAAAUAGAUCGCCAACGAUCGAUCGGUCAAGAAGAUAGCUAUGUUUCAAGUUGAUUAGAGUGUUUUCCGUUUAAAUGUAGCAGUCGAAAACAAAGAUUACCCAGACGAUGACGAUGAUGAUGGAUUAUAUACAAGUGUUAUAUGCGAUUUACAUAUAUACAGUUAUAUUACAUAUACAGUUACUUAUAGGGAUACUGCAUUCGAAACAAAAAUGAUGGAAAUUUGUGAACAAAGAAUCAUCAACUCUGUGAUUAGCUCUUAAAGUUUAAACGUUUAUGUAUAUGUAUGUGUGAGAAGGCAUGCAGACACCCAAAACAAAAACACACCACAAUGCUAUCUGUAUAUAGAAGGCCUGUAUGUAAACAUAUGUAUUCGAGUGUAUUUUACGUAGCUAAGCCAAGGAAAAAACUAACGGAAUGAUACCGAAUACAGCCAUCUGAGCGAGCCCAUUGAUAAGCAAUAGACAACUGUAGCUCAUAAGAUCGUACCUAACCUAAAAACGAAUAAAGCUGCGUUGUUCCAGGGUCAAGGAUACCUUGUCCAACAAAAAAGGACACGGUAAAGGGGAAAACAAACAAAAAAAUAAGAACUUUGUGCAAACGAAUUUACUUAGGUACUUAAACACACACACACAGACACACCUAUACAGAUAGCUAUUACGAUCUGGUCGACAAUCUUUGCUAAAUCUCCAUGUCUGUCUAUCUCUCUAUCUCCCCCUAAAGGCUUCCAAAACUUCAAGAACCCGCCCCUGAUCAAAUAAACAGACAUCUGAAAAACAGUGCCAACGCAGCAAGGGUAUUCAGGAUGUUUUUUUUUUAUAAAAAAAAUAAAAUUACUUUCAAACCUAACCAAAAAAAGCAAAGAGUAAGGCAGCAAGAACUACAAGAACUUUAAAAGGUAGCAUUUAUAAAGAAAAAAAAACAAGAGAAACGUAGUAGAAAUUUAAUGAUUAAUGUUUAAUGACUAUAUAUAGUGUAUAUAUGGAACUAUCAACGAAUUACAAUAGAGUAUCAAGAUAUUUCUUCAGAAGGCAUAACUAGAACAAGACAAAGUGCGAGGAAUCGAGACGAACACUAACUUAACACUGUCAAUUUUUCAACAUGGUCUAAGCUAAUUUUUCAAGGAAAACCAAAGAUCUAAGAAUGAAAACAAUUUUACACUCUUUGUACACACUGUAAAAAACGAAGUGAAGGAGCUCUCCAGUUUAGAUAAACUUUAAAAUCAAACUUAGCGAACAAUUCGGUCGAAUGCGAGGAAAGAAGAAGCAACAAAUUUAAUUAUACGAUAAUUUCAUCUGUGCCUUUCUCUACGAAUAUAUAUAUACACAUUUAUACAUAUAUGUAUACAUAACAAAUGUAUCAGAUACUGUCUCUAUCUCUUUCUACGCUCCCUCUCCCUCUCUCUCACACACACACACAUACACGAGGAACUCGCCUACACCAAAAUCACCACACCGAACAGUCACCAAGCAAGCAGUGCGAAAUAUAACGGUAAUGGCAAGCAGUGCCUCGCGUAACUAAAAAUGCAACUCUGAAAACUAUUUUCGAGGCAGAACGAAGGAAUAAUAAUGAAAAACAAAACAAAAUAACUACUUAAGCCUACUAAUAAAAAGAAACCGAAAAUACAAAAAUACAACAUGGAAGUAAAAAUACAAAUUAAAUUAAACGAAAGCAUGAAGUUUAUAGGUUAAUGCGCUAGUAGUUUUGAACUUUUUUUUGUAAUUUUUUAAUGUAGCCGCUUUGAAGUAAACCAAAUGAAACUAUAUUCGUUUUUGGUUUUAGUUGUGUGUGUCUGUUUUUUUGUGCGAAGCGUAAAGCAACUAUAAAGAGCGUUUCUUCUUGUUGAUUAAUAAUUAGGUAAACUGCUACAAAACAUAAGUUAAUUAAAGAAAAACAAAAAAACAAACAAAAACCAAAGCCAACAACAAAAUUAGAAAAGUGAGUUAAAUUUAAAAUUAAUGCCAUAACGGCCAACGAAAUGCAAAACUAAGCAAAUUUGCUUUUAGCUCCAUGCAGGUACAAGAGACCCCCUCAAAAAACCAUUCAUUCUUUGCAAAGUAAAAUAAGCCAAUUAAAUGUGAAAUUGUUUAAGAAAGGACAUAAGAAACUAAGCACUAUCCUCUGCUGCAAAGUAAGAAACCGGAACUCUGUUAGACAAAUAGCCAAUAGCCAAGUUGUAAUCAUUUCGUUGCGUGCCCUUUGCGUAUAAUUUGAAUGGUUCGAUUGGUUCCACUAGAUACGUACAUAUAUACUGAGAACACAUACUAUGUAAAGCAGCGAAACAAAACCAAAAAACGAGCAUUAUAAAUUAAAGAGAAUUUGAAAAGAA